GGAUGGUUCUGGUUUUUAUCGAUUAUGCUGCUUUAUUUAGAAGUGAAAUUACACCCCUGGGCUCACUGGCAACUGUGAAUGUGACACCUGUCGCUAAGCUGCAGCCCAGAACUGGGGUCUAGAUGGAGCAGAUUAAAAGGGCAAAUAAACUGUUUACCAGUGACUGUAUAUUUCUGAAGAAAACUUUGAACAUCCCAGUUAUAUCAGAGAAGGCUCUGUUGUUUAAUGGACUUAACUCAAUAGAUUCUCCAGAAAAUGAAACUGUUGGUAGCAGUUUUUCUCAUGACGAAGAGCCGGUAGCAGCUGGGGAAGACCUUUCUCCUCCCAGUCCUCAAGAAUCCAAUGUUCAGCCCAUACAGCCUGAAGAAGUGUCAGCUAGAGAUUUCCUGCAGAGACUAGACUUGCAGAUUAAGUUGUCAACGCAGGCAGCCAAGAAACUAAAAGAAGAGAGCAGAGAUGAAGAAAGCCCCUAUGCAACUUCCCUCUAUCACAGUUAGAUAAUCAGGGGUGAUAAUCUAACCUGGAUUAAGAGAUGGUUGAAUCAUAAAGAAACCAACAACUGAAGAUUCAAAAGCAUACAUCGUUAAAUCACAAUUUAGUAGUUCUACCUACUGCAAUUGCACUGAAGUGAUUAUUUCCCUCUGGCUUUCUAUAAUUUUAAGUCUUUAUUAUGGCAUGAGAGCAAAAUUGUAUCCUAAAGCCCAUCACUUUUGUAGGUGAUGGUAGUUUUUAGACUAGUUUUAUAAAUACUAGUUAACAUAAAGCAUCAAAGACUAUAUACAUAUUCAAGCUGAAAAUGAUGUUGAUCUUCUGAGAAAUCAUAAUUAUGUGAAAUACAUGGUUGCUGUUUAAGUGAUACUGAUUUUGCUAUGUGUUUAUAACUUAAGUGCUAUAUAUAUAUAUUUCGAUAUGUAUUAUAUAUUCUGUAUUAAUAUAAAGAACCAAAUUUUGUCUGCUAUUUUGUAAAAAUAAACUACAAAAGCCUGAAUGAGAAAAUAAACUAUGUUUUCAUAUUUGA